AUGGCACUAAAGCACACUGACUCGGGUAUCGCUGCGGCUGUUUUCCUUGCACUUUAUGCCAUUUAUGCCUUGGUAAUGGUCUACAUUGUUCACGUCAAGGGUUUCAAGACCGUUUACACAUUUCUUAUGUCCUUUCCGUUUAUCCGCCUCGGCUCUCAAUUUUGCGGAUUGGUUUUCGCCAUCAAGGGAAUUGAACAUUAUAAAUGGCUUAUCGCUUACUUGGUUCUCGGGGCCGAAGGCUACUUUGUGCUUAUCUUAUCGGCGUUUUCAUUUCUAGUUCAUGCCCAGAAGCGUAAAAUUGGCUACUCGUGGUUGGAAAAGAAGCAGUCUGCCUUGAAGGAUAUACCAUUGGGAAACUCGUAUGCUGCGAUCUUUCACUGGUUUUUGGUUCCAGCGAAUGCUAUGGUGAUUGCUGGAGGCUCCAUGCUUACGGGAAUCGAGAAUUAUGAUGCUGAAAGAAAGAAGGUCAGGAUAUCCAAGGGAUUGAGAACCGCCGGUCAGUCCUUGUUCCUUUGCUUGACCUUACUUGUGCUUCUUCUUGGAUUGCAUGCCUUCAAAAAGGAAAAAGUUGGAAACAGUUUCAAUAUAACGAUUCUCCUUGCCUCUCCGUUCCUAAUCGUCAGAGGCGUCUUUGGUAUUCUAUCCAUCUACAUCGAAAACAUGAACUACUACCAGCUUUCCAACUACAGCGGUGCAGGCAUCAACCACAAGUUGGUGAUAUACGAGUACGUACUUUCCACCACUAUGGAGUUUGCAGCCUCCAUAUUCAUUGUCAGCAACUUCUUCUUCGAGAAACAAGCAGAUAAGGACGCUGACAAGAACGAAGAGAAGAAGAAAAAGAGAGACCUGGACGACGAAAGUUUUGAUGAUAGUCUUGUUCGACAAGACCUGAAAAAUCUGAAUAAUCUGGGUGCCGGCAGUGUGGAUGACGAUCUCGAUGACGACGACAGCGGCACAUUUUGGGGAUUGCUAGGAUGA